GACCCGCCUUCUUGCUGGUGAUGCUGCCUCAGCCGGUGCUCUCGUUGGCUGUAGCUCAAUGCCACAAAAGGUGCUAGUGAACAUUUAGAGAGGGAGCUCUGGUUGGGAUCGCAGCCUCCCGUAUGUUUCGCUGUUGCGGUAGGUGACACGGAUACAUUGUCAAAAAGUGAAUGAAAAAUGGCAUCUGCCCCACACAACUUUUCCUGGAUUGAACCCAAAAAGCUGGCUGGGAUGGCCAUGCCACGAUUACCCGCUCACUAUCAGUAUUUGUAUGAUAAUGGCAUUAAACACCUCGUCACGCUUAGUGAGAGAAAGCCACCAUACCACGAUACUUGUCCAGGACUGAAGAUCCAUCAUAUAAAGAUCGAUGACUUUUGUCCACCCUCUUUCGAACAAAUCAAAAGGUUUCUUGCUAUCGUUGAGGAAGCCAAUGCAAAGGGCGAGGGAGUUGGAGUCCACUGUCUUCAUGGCUUUGGGAGAACUGGGACAAUGCUUGCAUGUUAUCUUGUAAAAAGUAAAAAAAUAACCGGAGUUGACGCAAUUGCAGAAAUACGAAGAAUUCGUCAUGGCUCUAUAGAAACCCAUGAACAAGAAAAAUCAAUUAUACAAUUCCAUCAUCGUAUAAAAUAAGUAAAUUUCAAUUAUUACCAUCAUACAAAUGGUCUAUUAAGAUUUUUUUUCACCAGGAUAACUAUUUCAAAGCAUUUCUUUUUAGUUCAGUUGAUGGCCAGUACAGGACAUGUUUUUUACGAUAAAACAAAUCUUGCCAGUCUGGGACGCUUUAAUUAUGUUCACUGUCAUAAAAUCAUUCCUUUUAUUUGUAUCCUGCUCAGUUUAUCCACAAUUAUCAUGUGUUUGGUAUAUUAGUUUGAUUAGAACUGGUUUUCUGUCACAAUUUAUUAUAGGCCUAUAUAUACUUCUCUAGUUUAAUUUGAUACUCUAGCGUAUAAUGCUGCUAUUCCACAUUGUGGUUGGGAAGAUAUGCAUUUUAAGGUUUGCGAUGAACGAAUAAAAUGGCUGUGCCACCUCUUAAUGGGUAAAUACUGCUUCAAAAUGCUUAAACAAGCAAAGAUGGUUUCCUUCCACAUGAAGUGACAAUAUAUUAUACUUUGCUGUCUCGUACAUUACUGUCAGAGUUUCUCAGAGUGAUGUCUAAGUCAGAACAUCUUCAGUUGAUUUAUCAAUAACCUCCCCUCCAUUAGGACAAAAAUAUGAAUGUUCUCUGAUUGCACCAUGUUCAACAACGUUUGGAACUUCUCCGAUAUUUAAGCAAACUGUGACCAUGUGCAUCAUUCAGGCCAAAGCUGACAGGUGGCAAGUAACAUUUGCACUGCACAAGUGCAUGGCGAUGGUUAUUUCCAACAAGUGGGAAUCUAAGCAUUUCCUUUUGACAUUCAAUGGCAUUAUCAUUGCUGAAUCCCCUGAUGUUGACAUUGGGGUUGGAGGAGGGGGUGGAUUUGUUACCAUUGAGCAGAAACUGAACGAGACCAGUCAUGUAAAUACUGUGGGUAAAAGAGUGGACACAAGCUAGGAAUUCUGUGGCUAGUAACACAUUCUGACUCCCAAAAGUCCUUCCAUCAUCUACAAGUCAGGAGUGUGAUGGCACACUCUCCCCUUGCCUGAAAGAGAACAGCAUCAACGACACUCGAAGCUCAACACCAUCCAGGACAAAGCAGUCAACUUGAUUGGUACCACAUCCACCAUCUUCAAUAUUCGCUCCUCACAUAUUGGCACAUUGUAGCUGUAGUGUACAUCAAUUAUAAGAUACACUACAGCAAUUUGGCACUUUCCAAACCCAUAACCUUAACACCUAGAAGGGUAAGGGUUGCAGAUGUCAGGGAACAGUGCUGCCUUAAAGUUAUCCUGGGGGGAAAGUAGCCUCGUCGUAAUGGCGUUGGACUAGUAAUCCAGAGACUCAGGUUAGUGCAGUGGAGACUUGGUUUUGAACUCUACCAUGACAUGUAUUCAAUAUAAUCUUUAUAUUUUGAAUUCAAUACAAUCUGUGCAACCAUUGUCAAAUUGUUAUUUUAAAAAAAAAAAAAAUGGUUAGCUAAUGUCGUUUUGGGAAGAAUGUCUAUGGUCCUUACCUGAUCUGGGUUAUAGGUAACAUGGCGAUGUGGUUGAUGUGAAUGACAUAGCACCAGCAAGACAAAGCCAAUUAGAAAUGGGUAAUAAAUACAGUGACGACCAUA